AUGCAGCAUCUGGACCCACAUCAGCGCCCACCUGAUGGUAUACGCAAUGUCUACAAGAGAUAUCAAAAGAUGAAGCUGAAAGAGCUAGACCAGGACCAAGACAUCAUAGACCUGUCGAGCGACGUAUCGGUAUCAGCAGGAAGUAGAGUUCGUCUUGUCAAAGAGUGGACAAGCGAUGAGCUGAGCGCUAUUUUCGGGGUAGGUCUCCACAUAAUCCCCUCCCUCCUCCCACCUGAAAUCCAACACCUCCUGCUCUCCCGCCUCCUCCACCGCGACCUCUCGAACCCUGCGCACCUCACAAACAUACACACGCACUACAAGGUCUCUUAUCCACCCCUAUCACCCCCUACAACCCAAUCCUCAACCUCGCCAUCAUUCUUCUCCUUACCCCCCUCCGCCCCCUCAGUCAUCGCCACACCCAUCGACCCUACAAUCCAUAAGCCUCUCAACAUCAGCCAGUUGUUGAACAAGAAACUCCGCUGGACCACCCUCGGCGGGCAGUACGAUUGGACGGCGAAACGCUACCCUGAAGCUGCACCGCCUCCCUUCCCACUUGACAUCAAAGAGCUGCUAGAAGGAGUUUUCACCGACACGAAAGCCGAAGCGGCUAUUGUAAACCUCUACUCGCCCGGAGACACAUUAAGCGUGCACCGCGACGUGGCCGAAGCCAGCUCAACAGGUCUGGUCAGUAUAAGUCUAGGCUGUGAUGCGAUCUUCGUCAUUGGCACUUCAGUACCAGAUGAUCAUGGCGCGGAGGGGCAGGAGAAGGUUCUAGCGCUGCGACUUCGCUCCGGAAGCGCUGUGUAUAUGAGCGGUGCGUCUCGCUUUGCGUGGCAUGGUGUACCGCAGAUUGUGCCUGGGACGUGUCCGGAGUAUCUGAGAGAUUGGCCUGGAACUCCGGAUGGAGGAGGGCAGUAUGAAGAGUGGAAGGGGUGGAUGGCGCGGAAAAGAGUCAAUUUGAAUGUACGGCAAAUGCAGGAUUGAAGAAGAAGGUAUCAGGAUUCAUCUAUUUAAAGGGAAGAGUGCAACAUAUGGUAUCAUUAUUAGGGGUAUGUUGGGGGUUGAGACCAAAAAGGGGUGCAGAGGAAUCCACAAUUUCAAGAUGCACUCUCCGACCACCAUUACAAGAAGCCGAAAUUCAGGUUCACCUCGGGCUCACUUCGCAUGGUAGUAUCUCGCUAGUACUUUCCAGGCUCUCCAGGAACAGCACUGUGCGGGGUGGCACUGGUAGGAGCAGCGCUACCUGGCGUUACAGCACUACCUGUGUGAGCAUGGUCGGUCGUGGCUGUGCCGGUAUUCUGUAGGCCCUGCGUCUGAAGCGGCGCAGGCUGCGUCGCACCGCCGGGGCUAUUAUUCCCAGAGACCGGGCUUGUAGGCACACUCCCUUCAGGCAGAUCAUUCGUAACCGUACCCGCUGCUUGGCGAAUAAUCUCCCACCA